CACGGGCCUCUCCCAACUCUCGAUGCUGGGCCUCCCCACCUCCCUGUGCUCAACGCUCCCUCUGGCUCUCCCCCUCUGUCCUCUCCCCCGCCCCGGGUUCGGCGAAUCCGCGGCGCCGCAGACCCCCGCUAGCGGGCGUCAGAUGCGCGGCGGCAGCCAGCGCGCCGGGGUACUGGCCUCGGCCGCGCGGUGACCGCGGGUGUUGUCUACGCCGCGUGGACCUACGUCUCCACCUUGCGUCCGCCACGGGGGCCACACCUGCCGGGACCCAGGACCCAGGACCCAGGAUCCAGCGCGCGGGCGCGCGGAUAGAGGAAAUUAGGGCGGAGGGGAUGGAGAAGGGAAAGGUGAUGGAGAAGGGAAAGGUGAUGGAGAAGGGGAAGGUGAUGGAGAAGGGGAAGGCGGUGGAGAAGGGGAAGGUGAUAGAGAAGGGGAAGGUGAAUGAGAAGGGGAAGGUGAAUGAUAAGGGGAAGGUGAUGAAGAAGGGGAAGGAGCCAGAGAAAGAGAAAAUUCGGGAAAAAGGAAAAGAAGAGAAAAAGACGGAGGUGGAGAAGGAGAAAAUUAAGGGGAGAGAGAAAGGAAAGGAGAAGAGUAACUGUAAGGAGGAGGAGAAGAGGAAAGAGCGGGAGACCGAGAAAGAGAAGGAACAGCUCAAGGGAAAAGAAGAGAAAGAGCAGAAGGACAACAGCGCCCUGACAAAGCCCCCGCUGGAGCCGCCGGAGAAAAAUAAGCAGAUCCUUGUGUUGGGCCUGGAUGGAGCAGGAAAGACCAGCGUUCUGCACUCUCUAGCUUUAAACAGAGUCCAGCACAGCGUGGCACCCACCCAAGGUUUCAAUGCAGUAUGCAUCAACACCGAGGAUAGCCAGAUGGAGUUUCUGGAGAUUGGUGGCAGUGAACCUUUCCGUUCCUAUUGGGAAAUGUACCUAUCCAGAGGAUUGCUGCUGAUCUUUGUGGUGGACUCAGCUGAUCACAACAGAUUACCUGAAGCCAAGAAACACCUUCAUCAAUUAAUUGAAACAAACCCAAUCCUUCCUCUGGUUGUGUUUGCAAACAAACAGGAUCUCGAAGCAGCCUAUCGUAUUACAGAUAUCCAUGAAGCUUUGGCAUUGUCUGAGGUGGGAAAUGACAGGAAGAUGUUCUUGUUUGGAACCCAAGUGACUGAGAACGGCUCAGAAAUACCCUCCGUUAUGCAAGAUGCCAAAGACUUGAUUGCACACCUGGCUGCAGAUAUGCAGUGACCACGCCCAGACCCACUGUGCAGCUGUCAAUCUAAAUCUCACUGGGGACUGUUGAGUGACAGGUUUGAAGCCGAAGGUUUCCUCUGUCAAAUAAAAAAAUAAGCCAUUUCCUAUUUUCUUAAUGCAUGACAUAUAUACAAAGAUAAUGUUAAUUGAUUAAGAGCCUCUCUGUGUUUAGAUUUUAAACUUUGAAAGUAUCAGUAAAAUAAUAUAUUUGGGGGGAUUUGGAUUUUCAGCAACAAAAUUAAAGUGAACAUUAGUAAGCAUUCAAACCAUUUGUAGUUUUUCGAUGGCAUGAGAUUUAUAGUAAAAUAUUUUAAUAAACUACCUACCUCUUCUCAAGUAAAAAUCCAGGUGCCUUUCCUUAAAAAGAUUCACUUAAUACUGUAAGGAAAGAAAUAUCAGGAUAAGGCAAUGAGAAAAGUAAGCACUAUCAGAUAUACAUAGAAAUAGAAAUUAAUAGCAUUUAGAAAGAUUUAGAAAAGACUUCUCUUUCAAGAGCCUGAUAUAUACUAGAACAGGAGGGAACACUGAGGAUUUGAUUUUUAAAUACUUGAAUUUUGCUCUUAUACAAAGAUAAGCUUUCUUCACUAGAAAUAUUUUAUGAUAACUUUGUUCAUCUACAAACAUGAUAUAAAUCCAAUUUUUAAAUUUAGUGUCUUGUUUUGAUUUUAAAAAAGAAACAACAAACAAAGAGUGCCUG